GCUAUUGCUUCGGAAACAGAAGAUGGCGGAUGCCCUUCAGCGGCUCGGCGGUAUAAAGGUGGACUCGCAUGCUGAAGCGAUUCUGGGGAACGGGCUUGACGUCGAGGUGAAUAAUCCGAAAGUCCUGCGCUCUGGACCAAGACGGCCUCAUAUCAAAAGCUUGAUCGUCACGACAAAAGCUAUACACGCAUUGGAAGCAGUCGAACUUGUCGCUCCCCGACUAUCACCAUCAAGUACUGUAGUAUUGCUACAGAAUGGCAUGGGUGUACUGGACGAAGUGAUACAGUCAUUCUGGCCAGAUGCGCAGCGAAGGCCAAAUUUCGUAGUUGGUACAACUACUCACGCAGUCAAGACUGGAGAGGAUCACUUUCAUAUCAACCAUGCUGGAUUGGGCAAGGUGUCCCUUGGUAUCGUGCCUUCGCCAUUCAUAGAGUGGCGUGGAAAAGGUCAAAUCCCUUCAAUUACGGACCUCAAACAAAAUCCCAGGACGCAAUCUCUGGCAUGGACGAUUGCGUCCCUUCAGCAAGCGUCAAUAUUGGGGUGCCACUUGGAGGCAUGGGAUGUCGCCCAGAACAGUCAGCUUGAGAAACUGAUCGUGAACGCCUGUAUCAAUCCUCUCACGGCACUUUUUAAUUGCUUGAAUGGUGAGCUUCUAGUCAACAGGCCGUUGUCGGCAAUCAUACGGACAAUUGUCACCGAAGCGAUUACUUGCAUCAUGUCAACACCCCGUCUCAGAGAACUAGCUUCUCGUGACCGGUUUGAUCCUGACCGAGUGUAUUCAAAGGUCAAAAGCAUUGCUAGGUCUACCGCCUUUAAUAGGUCAUCGAUGCUUCAAGAUAUCGACCGUUCGCGCGAUACAGAAAUUGAUUAUAUCAACGGUUACAUUGUCCGCCUUGGACAAGCCGCAGGCGUAGCUACACCUGUGAACGACUUGAUGGUGAAUUUAGUGAAAGCGCGGUUUAGACUGAAAACCAGCAGGGAUCUUUCUGAAAGAGAAAUCUUGGCAGAAGAGGCACGGUUGCAGGAUGAAAUGUUGCAGGGGAAGGAUAGACCCCCGCUAGAAGAGUCGGGGGACACGGAUUGGCAGAAGGAAUACGCAGAGUUGCAGAAGGCACAUGCGGCGUUGCGAGAGGCAUAUGGAGAGUUGCAGAAGUCACUGCCAUCCGGAGUCUAGGAGAUACCACGAACGGCUAAGUCUAAUAUUAUGUGGUUGCCCUCA